UGUAGUGGACAGUUUAGGUUCAUUGAGUGACGCUUCUCUUCCGUGUCUAUUCUGUGGUUUGAUGUCGUACCGCAAUUUUGGCUGAAACUUGAAGAUAUCUACAACAUUGCUUGUGAAUUUAAGAUGAUUCGUUAACCUUAAACAGAUCAAACGACGCACGACAAUGGAAGGCUGUUGCAGUUACCUCCGUAAAUAUAAAAUUUUGGUUGCUUUUGUCUUAGUAAACUUGCUCAUCAUGGUGAUGUAUAUUGUUCGUUUCAAAGAAUCAGAUGAUUUGAUAACAUCUAGCGCCAAUACGAAACCAUUCUCAACCAAGGGAAUUACAAAAUUGCAAAAUUGCACAAGAGGAAAACAUUAUUUUGACGACAUUUUAGUUGUGAUGAUUUACCAUUAUCCAUAUUACGAUACAAUACCUAUGUUGAAGUCAUAUUAUAAAGAUGCAUUUAAGAAUUUGAUCAUUUGUGGGUCUGAAUCAAGUCCUUCACACGAAAUAAUGGUCGUUGAUAUUCAUAAUGGCCAUUACGGUUAUGAAUGCAUUGGAGAAGCUAUACGAAGGCAUCCCAAUUAUACAGGCUAUUUGUACAUGAAUGACGACACACUUGUGAACUGGUGGACAUUUCUCAAACUUGAUAAGGACAAAAUUUGGUAUGGAGGGGGGGUGAGUAAUGAAAAAGAGGGCCAUGAGUUUGGCCAUCGUCCUAUCUCCACUGGAUGGUCUUGGUGGCCACUCACGGCUAUUCCUUGUGAAGAAUCAUACGAAGAAAUUAGACAGACUUACAACCACAGUUCAAUCAUAAACAUAACGAAAUUAGUACAGACGCAUCUUACAAAUGGUAAUGGAAAAUUGAAGUGUAUUAAUGGAUGGUCAGAUCUGUUUUAUGUUCCAAGAAGGUUGAGCGAACAAUUUCAAAGAAUUUCUUCUAUCUUUCACAAAAGACGUGCUUUUCUCGAAGCGGCUGUGCCGACAAUGUUCACUUUCAUUGAGUUAAAAAAGUUUUGGGAAAUGCCUUAUGGUACAUACCUUCCUGACAAAUAUGGUUACAUAGACUUUGCCGAUGGAAAGAUAGUAUGGGAAAAUUAUAAUUUCGACAUUUACUUCAUUCAUCCUGUAAAAUUUCACGGCGAAGUUGCCAAAACUAGCCGUGAAAAUUUGAAGAAAUUUGUGAUUCCUCAUUCGAAACUAUUGCUCACAUGUUAAAACUACAAAAUCUUUAUUAUCGUCUGUUUGCACCAGUAGCGUAAGACUAAUACCAAGAUCUUAGGGCAAUUGUGUCUAUGUGUGGAAUUAACUUUUCCGACAAAAUAGCCUGAAAAUAGAUCGAGGUAUAAUUUUGCAUAACAUUUUCAUUAAAAUCAUUUUAAUAAGGAAACUUUACAUUGAGAAAACUGUACAUUUAUUUUAGGAAAAAUUAAAUUUUUCUUAAAACA